UCACGUGAACGUCUUUAGACAGACACUUACAGCUUCCGGAAAGUGUCACGCUGUCCUCCAUCAGUUCCCAGAGGGUCACUUCAGGAAAGCUCAGCUCAAAUCAUGGUCUUCGAAGACAAAAUGAUCACGAAUGGAGAGCCAGAGGAGGAGGAGGAGGAAGAAGAGGAGCAGGACUUGGUGGACCCAUUAGAGACGGUGCGUGAGAAGUGUGAGCAGACGGAGCAUUGUGUUCACGCUCGUGAACGUCUCGAGGCGUGUGAGACACGGGUCGGCUCACGUUCAGAGACCACAGAGGACUGUACGGAGGAACUGUUUGACUUCCUGCACGCUCGGGACCACUGUGUGGCUCACAAGGUCUUCCAGUCAAUCAAAUAAAGGGAGCGUCUCAGCGCUGUUUAUGAAUCGAUGUCUGCUCGCAGAAAUACAGUGCUCGGUUAUUUAUAUAAGAUUUGACUUCUGUCUCAGAUUUAAUAAUUCAUCGAAACCCAUAGGAUUUUCAAAUCGUGUGUGUAGCUGAAGUGUGACUAACUGUGCUCUGUGUUCACCUCUCGUGUGUUUUCUGUUGUGGAGAUCAGUAAAGAGGUGAUGUUGACAUGCAUUUGGGGUUAUUGCUAAUGCAACAAAUGACAAUAAAGAAGAAAAGACAA